CUUUUACACUCACACACCCAGAGAGAGAGGGAGAGAGAGAGAGAGAGAGAGAGAGAGAAGUGGGACGUGCUUGAUUAUGUUAUAUUUUAACUCAUUUAUUUUCGACAUUGUGCCUGAAGGAGCGAGGCAGAAAGUUGCACUUAUGGGAUGGCUGAAAUUUGGAAUAUGCGAAAUGUUGAAUUUACACUUUCUCCUUUUUAAAAUGCACUUUUUAACAGGCGUGAGAAGAGUCCGGAGUCCCAGGAUUAAAUCAUCAUCUGCUACAAAAAGCAGCAUGACUUUAAUCCAUUUAAGAUAGAAAUGUUUAUAUUUUUAAAUACUAUACUAUUUUAGAUGAGAUGUUACCAUAGACGUUAUCCCUGGUGACCUGGUGCGUCUUAGAUCCUACUUUAUAGCUUCUUUAUCCUUUACGCCUUAUGGAUGAUUUACUUCUCGCUUUUACGCACUCUACAGAUCUGCGCUUGGGACGCUAUCGCUUGGGAGCAAACGCACGCGCGUACAACCGGUAACCGGAGGAUCAACGGUGAGGAGAGACAUCAUGAAGACACCGAAACUCGCGAGUGCACGAGCGCACGCUGACAUCUAAAGAUAGAAAAGUCAGAAUUUCUCCUCCACGCUUCAGCGUCAUUCCUGUGGACUUCUUUCUUUCCUUUUUUUUUCAUCCACAGCAGUGAGAUGACAGGGAUGGAGGUUGACCGUUUCCGUUUGAUCUCAUGAGCGAGAAUGCGAUAAUAACGCAAAAAUAAACCCCGCCACGGAUGCAAUAUUCGGUGCAUUCGUUCGGGUUUCGUGCACGCUCCGGGACAUUACUGUGGUGGAUCUCGUCGUCGCUGCUGCUGCUGCUGCUGCUGUUCAACGCCAUGGGCUGCAUCCAGAGCCUCAGGUGCAAGCCUAAGAGUUUCCGCGAGAGCAUCGCCGUGCUCGAGGUGACCGCCUCCAUUGAUCCGAACCCCACCAGCAUCGACGAGUCCUCGAGCGUCGUCCUGCGCUACCGGACGCCGCACUUCCGCGCCACCGCGCGCGUUCUCGUGCCCCCGGUGGCCGCCAAGGAGACAUGGACAGUGGGCUGGAUCCAGGCGUGCAACCACAUGGAGUUUUACAACCGAUACGGAGCCGAGGGCAUGUCGAGCUGGGAGCUUCCGGAUCUCCGUGAUGGUAAAAUCAAAGCCAUCAGCGACUCGGACGGCGUGAACUACCCCUGGUAUGGCAACACCACGGAGACCUGCACUGUCGUGGGUCCAACCAAGAAAGACACCAAAUUCACCAUCAGCAUGAACGACAAUUUCUACCCGAGCGUGACGUGGGGCAUCCCGGUGAGUGAGAGCAAUGUGCCCAUGCUGAGCAACAUAUGGAGGGACCAGAGUUUCACCACGUGGCUGGUGGCUAUCAACCAGGCUUCAGGAGAGUUGGUGGUGCUGCAGACGGUGCGCUGGCGCAUGCGGCUGCACAUCGAGGUGGAUCCGGACAAACCGCUGGGGAAACGAGCCAAGCUUCUGGAGCCUGUCGCUCAGGAACAGCCGCAACUGCUGGGAAAAAACGAGCCGAUCCCGUCCAACGCCAUGGUCAAACCCAACGCCAACGAUGCACAAGUCCUCAUGUGGAGGCCCAGGACUGGAGUUCCAGUGGUGGUUAUCCCUCCUAAAUACUGAGCACAUUUUUUAAUAUUUUUUUAAAAAUGGAAAUCAAACUUGAGGUAAAUUUUUGCUCCAGUGGAAACACAAGCGAGGAGCUGAGCAGCGUUUCUUAUUACAGAAAGGGUCGGGAUCACUGUGCUAAAUGAGGCCAUUGCAAAAAAGGAACAAACAAAAAAAACCUUUUUAUCAGUGUGUUUUGCAUUGGAACGUACCAUUGGUAUUUAUUUAUUGGGGGAGCUUGUCUGCGUGUCCGCGUGGCUUCAGUGAAGGUACAGUUUUUGUGUUAAGUAAUUUGUAGUAAUGAGUUUUAUACAAGAGAAGACAUUGAAUCCAUGCUGCCUUAAGUUUACAUCGCUUUCUUCUGCAAAAAAGCUUUUAGCCUUAACCAAACACACACACACACACACACAACGCAGUAAAGCCUCAUCCAUCCACGCCUCAUGAUCACGAUAUAAAGGACUGUGUUCAUUUUA